AUGCCUUCUUUCCAAGGUUUCCGCAAUGACAACCCAAGCAUGAACCCAAACAUCAAUUCGAACAUCGACCCUAGCCUUCGCAAUGCUAGCUUCAACCCAAACAUCGACCCAAACAUCGACCCAAACAUCGACCCAAACAUGGACACUAGCCCCAACCGUAGCUUCGAUGCUAGCUUCGAUGCUGGCUACAAUGCUGGCUACGAUGCUGGCUACGAUGCUGGCUACAAUGCUGGCUACAAUGCUGGCUACAAUGCUGGCUACAAGGCUGGCUCCAAUGUUGGCACUAACCCUGACCCCAACCCCGACCCCAACCCUGGACCAGGUUCUAGCACUGGUGCCAAUCCUACCACUACUAGCACCGCCACUAACUCCACGUCUCAGGGCAGCGACUGGAGACCAAAUGGCGAGUCCCAGCCAGAUUCCUUCGCAGAAGAGACCAAACUCCUGUGCAACUGCCCAAACCACCUCCAGCGGUUGUGGCCUACCGAGCAUGCCGAGCUGAUGAUCGCCCCCUGCGCCUACAGAUGCCCCUUCUGCGACGACUUCAACAGAGUCGGAAGGGAGAGACUGAUGGCUUCGAACCUCCGCCGCCACAUCGUCAAGACGCACAUUGAAGGGGACCCCGACCAAUUCGGCACCCUUAGCGUGGCGCGCGGAGGAUCGAAACCAAGAGGUCAGUGA